AUGGUGGGGCAAGAGAAUGAUGUUUUGCUUCGUGAGUUCGGAAAUCCGGAGGAUUAUGAGCUCACGGGAGGGAUUUUGCUGCCCGUCACGGAAACCAAUUUCUCAAUCCAUCCACAAUAUACUCUAAUGGUCCAAUCGAAGCAAUUUUCCGGAAGUGCAAGUGAGGAUCCUAUUGAACAUUUGGACCGAUUCCUUGAAUUGUGGGCAAUUAUGCAAACCAAUGAAGAUGUGUUAAAGGCGUUCUUGAAGCGCUUAAUCUCCGAGGAGAAGACCGCCGAAAUGAGAAGGAAAAUUGCAUCAUUUGAGCAAGAUGCCGAUGAAAGUCUUGGUGAAGCAUGGGAGAGAUUGAAGGAGUUGGUACAAGCAUGUCCCCACCAUGAGUACAAUCAAGGGUUGCUCAUGCGGUUUUUCUACGACGGAUUGGAGCCCAUGUCAAGAGCCAAUUUGGAUGCGGGGGCGGGUGGUCAAUUAAUCAAGAUCCCUUAA